AUGGCGACCGCAUAUCACGCCCGCACUCCUUCGCAUUCCAAGAGGGCUCGUCCAUCCCGCCCGGGCUUGCCGAAACGCAACUCAUCGUAUAGCAAGAGUCAAUUGCUUGGAGCCCCGCGCAAGGAAGAGGAAGAAGACGACGCCAUGGCCGCCAGCUUCCUGAACUACUGCACCGUUUGCGAGAAGCAAAUCAUCACUCCCAACAACUCAAUCCUGUACUGCUCUGAAAGCUGCCGGAAGAAGGACCACACCAAGCCUAUCAGCUUGGACUACUACUCUCCCCCUCAAACGCCCUACACCCAAUGCUCCUUCGACGAGCUUGUUUCCCACCCUAUCCUCUCUCCCCGCUCGCCGACUUCGCUUCCCUCGAAGCGUUUGUCGUAUGGCUUCUCCGAGGUUUCUGAUGACGAGGCCGACUGGGUCGACGAGAAGCCCAAGGUGUCGGAGGCCACCCGGUACCUGCGCGCUUCGGCCGACACCACCUCUAAGAGGAGGCCAAGCUACAAGAGGUCGACUUCGUCAACGCCCGUUCCCCCCAACAACCGCACGCCGUCACUAUCGCAUUCGCCGGGCAGCACGGCCAGCGUGUCGGUCCCCUUCACCCCCAACAGCCGGCCCCUUCCUUCGCGCACCAACCCCAACUACAGCAAGCGCUCGGUCGACCUGGUCAACCCCUUCGCCGUCCAGCCAAUCACCGCUCCCUCGAGCUUCUCGCAAUUCUACUCGCUCAAGAGCAUGCCCAGCUGCCAGACGUCAACAGGCAUCGCCGAGGGCGAGAUGCAGAUGUACAAGCGGACGUCGCUCCCCUCGCCGGGCCAGGGUAGCCUGAAGGAGCUCUUCGCCUUUAGCGCCAUGCAGGCACCACCGACCAGCACUGCAUCGACAAUGCGCCCCGGGUGGUAA